AUGGAUUCAAUGGAAAGAUUUGUUGCAAUAGGACCAGAACCGUAUGCAAAUUAUCACAAUGGCUCCUCCCUUCCAUCGCCAAAUGUGGCCGCUCCUCCCAAUUUGGGCUGGCACUUCCCCAUGGAAUAUCAACACUUAAUUCAUGAACAUUGGCGUUCAUUCCCGGCCCCGCAGAUUUAUUAUCAGGCCUUCUUGUUUAUGGCCUUUGUGGCUAUGCUGUUGUGCUCCCUAUUCGGCAAUGGUUUGGUAUUGUGGAUAUUUUCAACGUCAAAAAAUUUACGCACCCCCUCAAAUUUGUUGAUCAUAAAUUUGGCAAUUUUCGAUUUGAUAAUGGCCCUGAAUAUGCCACAUUAUAUGAUUAAUGCGGUGCUGGGUUAUUUUUGGGGUGGUGAACUAGGCUGUGAUAUUUAUGCCGUGAUUGGUGGGAUCUCGGGCCAAGGAGCAGCAGUGACAAAUGCCUUUAUUGCCUAUGAUCGGUACAGAACCAUCUCCAAUCCCAUAGAUGGCCGUUUAAAUUUCCCUCAAAUAAUAAUUAUUAUUACAAUGACCUGGCUAUGGACCACACCAUUUUCGGUGUUACCCUUGUUUCACAUUUGGGGACAUUAUAUACCAGAGGGUUUCCUGACCAGCUGCUCUUUUGAUUAUCUCUCGCAGGAUGAUGAGACACGUUACUUUGUCCAGUCGAUGUUCGUGUGGGCCUAUUGCAUUCCGAUGGUUAUUAUCUGCGUCUAUUACACCAAGUUAUUCCUCCAUGUAAGGGAUCAUGAAAAAAUGCUGGCCGAUCAGGCGAAGAAGAUGAACAUAAAAUCCUUGUCGGCCAAUCAAAAUGCCAUGAGUGUUGAGAUACGAAUUGCCAAGGCCGCAAUGACCAUCUAUAUGAUGUAUGUCUUCUCAUGGACCCCCUAUGCCACUGUGUCGCUGUUGGGUACCUUUAACUAUCGUCAUAUGAUAACUCCGUUCGCUUCGAUGAUACCAUGCUGUUGUGCGAAAUUGGUGUCCUGCUUGGAUCCUUGGGUUUAUGCAGCCAGUCAUCCGAAAUAUCGACUGGAAUUGGAGCGACGUCUGCCCUGGUUGGGUAUUCGGGAAAGGAAUGCGGCACCCUCGGUGAAUAGUGGCAGUGGUAGUGAUGGUUGUGAUUCGGAGACUGGUACCAUAUCGGUGACAAAUUGUUGA